GUACGAGCAGAGUGAGUGGGGUUGGAAGGAAAGAGAGAAGCGAGAGGAGCUUUGGGAUGACCGAGCCUGGUACCUCAUCGCCCGCGAACCCGGCGCCGGCCCCGUCGCCUUCUCCCACUUCCGCUUCGACGUCGAGUGUGGGGAUGAAGUUCUUUACUGCUACGAGGUGCAGCUGGAAAGCAGAGUCCGGCGGCGAGGACUUGGCAAGUUUCUCCUACAGAUCCUUCAGCUGGUAGCCAACAGCACUCAGAUGAAGAAGGUGAUGCUGACGGUGUUUAAACACAACCACGGCGCUUACCAGUUCUUCCGAGAAGCUCUUCACGCGCUGGCAACGUGCCGGGGCCGGGCGCCGCGGGCAGGAGGG